AAAAAAAACAAAAUGAUCUGAUGCCAAAAUAUUUAAAAUAAUGCACGUUGUUUUCUGUCAUCCUACUACCACUUGUUUCAUAUAUUUCAUAAAAAAGGACGCAAUUCAAUUGACCUUUACCGGAAGCAGUUCAUCUUCAUUUCAUUUCUCCUUUUGAUUUCCCAGACUUGGUAUCAUCCUUUACACAUGCAACUACGGACGCAAAGAUGGCAGAAGCUCUUUUGGGUGCUGUUGUGAACCAAGCGGUAGCGAAAGUUAUUUCAAUUACCGCUGAUCAAAUCAGCCUUGCAUUGGGUUUCGAGAAACAGCUGAAAAGACUCGGUGAGACACUAGGAAUGAUCGAAGCUUUCUUGCAAGAUGCAGAGGAAAAGCAAACAAAGAAUAAGUCGGUGAAGUUAUGGUUAAAGAGGCUCGAAGAUGUUGCUUAUGAGGCUGUUGAUGUCCUUGAUGAGUUUGCUUAUGAAAUUCUCCGAAGGAAAGUGGAGAUUCGGAACCAAAUUCGGAGGAAGGUACUCGACUUCCUUUCUUCUAAAAAUUCCAUUUUAUUUCGUCUCAAGAUGGCUAAUAAAAUUAAGGCCAUCCUGACAUCACUGGAUGACCUUAACAACUUGGCCAGUCAAUUUGGUCUCCAACAGAGAGCUAGAGAUCCUAUAACUCCAGUUCCUGCGUAUGGAGGACCAAAGGUGGAGACAAUAUCCUACCGCGGUCACUCAAACAUGGUCGGAAGGAAACAUGAUGUUUCAAAAAUAGUUAACCUGUUAGUCAAUCCCAAAGAUAAGCAGGUUGUCUCUGUUGUGCCUAUAGUAGGUAUGGCAGGUCUUGGCAAAACUACUUUAGCAAAGCUGGUGUAUGAUGAUUUGAAUGUGAAAAUGCUUUUUGAUGUCAAAUUCUGGGUGUGUGUUUCUGAUCAUUUAGAUGUCAAGAGGAUUUUAAAAGAGAUGUUAGAGCAUUUUAAUGAUCAGAUCUCAAUUCCUCAAAAUAAGAAUGCAAUGGUUGAGAAACUCAAGCAGAAGAUUGAAGGGGCCAGAGGAGGAAAGGAUCAGAUCAAGUAUCUUCUUGUACUUGAUGAUGUAUGGGAUGUUACGGAAUGGAAGGAUCUAAAGCUUUGUUUGGAAGGAACCAGUAAAAAUGGCGGGAACGGAGUUAUUGUGACAACACGCAAAGAAGAUGUAGCAUCAACAGUGCAAGCACGUUCGGAUCAAUGGCAUCAACCAGAAAGACUAGAAGACGAAGAAUGUUGGUCCAUUAUUAAAGAACAUGCACUGAGAGACUCUCCAAUAUCUCACGAAUUAGAGCCUAUUGGAAAAGAAAUUGCUAAGCAGUGUCAAGGUGUGCCUUUGGUAGCCAACGUUAUUGGAGGGUUAAUGAGCAAAAUUCAAACCAAUGGUGUUUGGGGUUCAACAGAAAGUGUAUUAGAAGUGGAAAGUGUGUUAAAACUAAGUUUCCAUCAUUUGUCUUCUCCAUCUUUGAAGAAAUGUUUUGCGUACUGUGCCAUGUUUCCUAAAGAUUAUUGCUUUGAAAAAGAGGAAUUGAUCCAACUGUGGAUGGCUGAAGGAUUUCUUGGCAGCUCUAUGGCAAUGGUGGAUAAUGGUAACAAAUACUUGAAUGAACUUUUAUCAAAUUCCUUAUUCCAAGAUGUUACGAGGGACACUUGCGGGAAUAUUCUCACAUUCAAGAUGCACGACUCAGUGCAUGAUUUAUCUUUGUCUGUGUCAAAGUUUGAUGCUUUGAUUUUCCAAGAAAAUUCCAGUCCCAUCACAAAUGAGUGUUCUCAUAUUCGUCAUCUCAAUGUUGGAUGUGAUGGGGAAUCAUUGCCAAGAAUGUUGACAAUAGUUGCUCCGAAAUUAUACUCGUUGUUUUCAGAGAUUAAUGUGUUCAAGAAGCUACCGAAAAGCUUCAAAUUCAAAAGAUUAAGAGUCCUAAAGUUGGUCGGUUCUUAUUAUAUUUUUGCGUUGCCAGAUUCCCUUGGAGAAUUGAAGCACUUGAGGUAUUUGGACAUCUCACGGACUCGUAUCAAAGCACUCCCCAAGUCCUCAACCAAACUUUACCAUCUCCAAACAUUGAGGCUCUUGAGGCUGUUGGAUUCUUUUGUGAAAUUCACUUUUCCGGAUGGAUUGGAGAAUUUGAUAAGCUUGAAGCACUUGUAUUUUGCUAGUGAAAAGCGUCAACCAGAUAAUAUUGGAAACCUAACUUGUCUUCAAACAUUACCCGUAUUUUUUGUGGGUUCACAAAGGGGGCGUUCAAUUAAGGAGUUAGGAUCCCUAAACGAACUCCGUGGAGAAUUGGAGAUAUGCCGUUUAGGGCUUGUUAGAAACAAACAAGAGGCUAAUGGAGCAAAUCUACACCUUAAAGAAAAAUUAUGCAAGUUGAUAUUUGAUUUUGAGGGGAUUGGUGGUUAUAACAAUGAGUAAGUGAUGGAAAGUCUCCAACCCCACUCAAAUUUGCAAAGCUUAACUGUUAGCUGUUAUGAAGGCAACAGCUUUCCCUCAUGGAUGUUAAGACCUGUUGGUGAUUCUGGUUUGUUUUUGCUUAACAAUUUGAUGGAGCUGAAUUUGUUCGAUUGCCGCAAUUGUGAAAGUCUUCCACCUCUGGGCCAAUUGCAGAAUCUCCAGUUUCUUAAUUUGAGAAAUCUGCGGGAAGUGAAAAGCAUGGGUAAUGAAUUUUAUUGCAACCAAGGUAUUGAUGAUAUGAAUAAGGUGAUCAAGGUGUUUCCUGCAUUGAAAAAAUUCACCUUAAGUCGGAUGGAAAGACUAGAAGAAUGGACAGCAAUGGCGGCCACAAAGACGGUCAUGUUUCCUUGCUUGGAGGAGCUGAAUAUUUGGCGUUGUCCCUUGUUGAAAAGUGUUCCAUUAAAGGGACAAUAUUUAUCUCUUGAAAGUCUUAGAAUUUCCAAUUGCAGAGCAUUAAGCAAGAUUGGAGACGGAUUAUCUACCUCCACUUGUCUCAAAGAAUUAGAUCUAUAUCAUCUUAAUAUAAGUUUGCUUCCAGAUUUGAAA